UAUAAUACUCACUGCAGAAUGGCGACGGCUUCUAAGUCUGACAGCGAAGCCAGUAAUGCGUUUACUGAUUCUGACGUCAGUGAUGCGUCCUCCAGUGACGCAGAUUCCGAUUCAGAACCCGAUUGUCAGUCUACUGCGAAGGAGCCUUGCGAGUAUUACAACAAGGGUCACUGUCGGGAUGCUGACAGGUGCCCUAACUUGCACAUCUGCAAGAAUGCCCUGAAAGGAAACUGCCCAUAUGGGUCUAAAUGUAAGCUGAACCAUCCCAGAGGUGGAAGGCGGUCCUCUCGUGAAGACAGAGGGGCUGCGGACCGAUCGAUGUCUUCAGAACAUAACUUUAAUUGUGGCCAGUGCUACCAGUGGCAGCUGAAAGAUGGAGAUGACUGGAAGAGUAUUGAUAAUGAUCACAUAAUCGAGGCCCAGUACUGCCUGCCCCAUACCAAAGGCAUUAAAAUCUACAACACACAGUAUGGGGCCGUGAGCAUAGAUUUUAACAAGAUGAAAGUGUAUGGAAAGCAGCUGAGGGUGAGACGUUUGGAUGAUGGAAACACCCUGUGGAUCUGGUACUGCACUUUGCGUCGCAAGUGGGUUAAGUAUGGGGACAAGGGUUCAAAGGGCAAUCGCAUUCCAGUGAAGAACUCUGACAUAGAGGCAAAGUUUCAGUGUGACCCAUCAAGCUCUUUUUCUUUCAACAUUGGAGCUAAGACCUUAAAAAUUGACUUCAGAGAAAUGAAACAGGUGAGCGAUAGAAGAAAGAGGAGAGUCACUCGUCGACCACUGUACCGACAAAAAACAGGGGCAGGAGUUUCUCAGGCAGCCUCAGCUCUCCAGAGUGUUUCUCUGGGCACCAAACCACAGUGGCAGUUUGAAGGAAGCAACAGAACAUGGCACAACUUCAAACACACCCAGAGAGGCUCUACGCCUGAAUGCUCGGUGACCAGUGAUGACAUUGAGAUGCAGUACCAGCAAAACCCCCAAAGCAGCAUGGUCUUCAAAGUGAAGGGAGAACCCUAUAAGCUAGACUUCAAAGCAAUGAACCAAACCAACCUCAGGACAAAGCGUUCACGCAAGGUCAGACGUGUGCUGGUGUGAGACCUCCAGAAGACAGUCCACAUGCACUUGUGCAAUACCAUACUUUAUACUAUGUUACUACUAACUCUAAUCUGAGAUUCAUUUAUUUGUUUUGAGCAUACUGAAGGCUGAUGUGGUCUUUAAAAACGUGGUUGCCAUAGGGGAUUGUGUCUUUGAAGUUUACAAGUACACAAGUAAAUGCUGCCUUAUAAACAUUUCUGAAAAUCUUAGAUGAUGUUUUGUGGUAUCUUGCCUUUUUUAAAGUGCUCAUUUUAAAAAGUGAAUGUAUUGUAACCUUCACUUUGAUUUGUCUCAUCCCUAUAAUUUAACAGUGUCAUAGCAUAGAAAGGGAUGCAAUAAUUUUAUACUGCUAACUCUGAGGAAGAAAAUAAACUAUGGUGCAAAAAAAACUCCAGAAAUGGACAUAAGACAUAAUAUGUUAUGUUCAUGCUGCAACAUACUCACUGCCCCUUAAACUGUAACUCAGGUGGCUGCAUUAUGCAAUCAAACCCAUGCAGUUAUUCAGUUCGGUUCAUAUUAUUUUUAGCUCAAUAUUGAAGCCCUGUCUUGAACUUUAAAGUUUAUUCUCCUUCAUGUGUGUUUUGUUUUAAAUAUGAGUGAAAACGAUUGCGUAUUUUAGGAAAUAAAGAAAAGACAACAUCC